CAACCCUCAAAAUGAAGUGCCUCGUGAAAACGGAGAUAGGUAUUUAAAACGUUUAAGCAAUAGUAGUGGACUCACUAUUCACAAACUCGGCAAAUUCUGUAACCUGACAUCUAACGUUGUUUUCCAAGGACGCGGAGGGGGUUUUCCAGGAAAGGAUACAUAUCGCAUCCAUUCGAACCACUGCAAGGCAAGCAAGCUACAAUUUACAACAAAGUUUACUUUGAGAUUCCUGGAUAUUCUGCAUGCAGGAGAUCCUGUGAGGUUUCUCUCUACUGACUGACUGUGUGGUGGAAGAAGGGUUGUCCUUGUGAAGAACCAGGAGGAAGGAAGGCCGUCCAGUGGAUACAUCCUGUCCUCUUCUGGAUAAGCUGUAGGCCAGUUCUACUACAGUAUAACUGCAGCAUUAUGAUGCCAGACAGACCCAUUUUACCCCUGUUUCUCCUGGCGUUCUGCUGCUCAGCAUUUGCAGGUCCGUUGUCUCGUAGCCCGUGUGAGCUGCUGCCAAUAGGUGUAGGCCACCCGGUGCAGGCUCUGCUGAAGAGCUUCACGGCCCUGUCAGGCUGUGCCUCCCGUGGAACCACGGGUCUACCACAGGAGGUUCACAUCAUCAACCUGAGGGGCAGCAGCCCUGAGGGGUCAAAAGGCACACAUCCAGAGGUGGAGCUGCAUCUGAAGCCCAUCCAGUCCCUGCUGGUUCACCAGAAGCCCCUGGUGUUUGUGCUAAACUCCCCCCAGCCUGUGGUCUGGGACAUCAGGACAGAGAAACUAGCCCUAGGCAUUAAACACACCUUCCAUGUAUCUGGGGGAUCUGAUGUCCACUUCCCUCCAGGGAACUUCUCCCUCCACUGUCAUGUUCAGAAGGAGUUACUUCCCCAUGGCAACGAACACCUCCUCAACUGGGCCACCAAGAAGUACAGAGCCGUUACCUCCUUCUCCGAACUCAAGAUUGCCCUGGACAUCUACAUCAAAGUGGGAGAAGACCCAGUGUUCUCCGAUACUUGCAAGAUCGACAACAAGUUCCUCUCUCUGAACUACCUUGCUGGCUACGUAGAGUCCCAGGCCUCUAAAGGCUGUGUCCUGUCUGGACCAGACCAGGACCAAGAGGUCCACAUCAUCGAGCUGCAAGCACCCAACUCUAGUAGUGCGUUCCAGGUGGAUGUGAUCGUUGAUCUGAGGCCGUUGGGGGCAGAUGUUCUGUUGCCCCGUGACAUCGUGCUGCUGCUGAAGUGUCAGAAGUCUGUCAACUGGGUCAUCAAGGCUCACAGCAUCAGCGGGAAACUGAAUGUAGUGACGCCUGAUACCAUCAGUCUGAGCCCCAACACAGAGAGGCUGAUGGAGGUGUCUAGGACCCCUAAGCACCACCUCCCGUCUGGCUCUCAGGCCCUGAUCAAGUGGGCAGAGGAUCAUGGUUACGGACCAGUCACCACCUACACCCACACACCUGUAGCUAACACCUUUAACCUGAGGCUCAGGGAGCCAGAUGUGGUGGAUCCCCUGGAUUCCAUGUUCCCUCCAGAACUCUCCAUCUUACGUGACACCAACCCCAUCCUCUCUGGUGGUCAGGGGGGUGCUGCCCCACACUCCAGUGGCCUGCCCUUCACCUUCCCCCCGCUCAUGGAGCAGGGCCUGCCCUACCUGUCCCUGCCCCCCUCCCUGGAUGACCGGCCUUGGCUGGGAGGGGAGCUGGGUGGGGAGCCUGAGGAGCAGCAGGGGACCCUCAGUGUUGGUCUCAGUGUUCAGUGUGAGGAGAGCAGGAUAGUGGUCUGCAUCGACCGAGAGAGUCUGCAGGCCAACGGUUACGCUAAUGUCAACCUGACUCUUCAAGACCCAGAAUGCAAAGCAACGGUCAACUCCACCCACUACACGUUGGUGACCCCAUUGGAGGGCUGUCAGACCACCAAGUACCCCAUGCACCCCGGUCCUAUGGUCCUCUACAUCAACUCAAUCCUGAUAAGUCACGAUGGGCCUAAGGAUGGGAGCGGUGUUCCCCUGGAUUACGAUGAUCUAGAGUCCAGAGACGUGACUUUCCCUGGGGAGACAGAGGCGCUGGAGAGGGCUGCUUUCCUGGAGCACACCACGGGGCCUGAUCACAGGUCCUCCAUUCUGUUCAACUGCACCUACAGGAAGAACCAGGACACUCUAGGAGGAUCAGGAUCAUCAGGAUCGUUCCCUCGUAUUGCCCCGGCAGCAAAGGAACCGCUCAGCACCGACGUCAUGGUUAACAUGGAGCUGUACAACACCCAUCUCUUCCAUUAUCCGUCUACCCAGGCCUUCCAUACCGUCUCCAAAAAUCAACAGGUCUUUGUAGAGAUUGGAGCCUUCAAUGUCGACCCAGAUCUUGGCUUCAUGAUCCAGACCUGCUUCAUCUCUGCCAACUCAAACCCCAACAUCGCGUCAGACUAUACCCUGAUCGAGAAUAUCUGCCCUACAGACGACACCGUCAAAUACUACAGUCAGAGAGACCUACCUAUCUCCCACUCCCAGACCGACAGGAAGAGGUUCAGCUUCACCUUCAACUCAUACUUCAAUGAAUCGUUGCUCUUCCUGCACUGUGAAAUGUCUGUUUGCUCUAAGAGACCCCACAAUAACCAGGGACUGGCAAUGUGUAUCCAACCGGACGAGGCUUGUACGUCUGUCAACGGAGAGAUCAUCCUAGCCAUGAUGAUGAACACCAGGACUUCUACCAAGACCCUAGUGGUGGUAGAUGAACAUGACACAGAGGAGGAGGAACCUGUUCAUCCCACCCUCACGGCCUCACAAGACCCUGUUGACCCCCUAGGGGAAAACAUCUUGUAUGUGUUGGACACUCCAACCGUGGUUGGGAUCGCCUUCGCUGCAUUUGUGAUCGGUGCCCUGUUGACCGGAGCCCUGUGGUUCAUCUACUCUCAUACAGGUGAUACAGCUGGGCAACAGCAGCCCCUGAAGCCCCAACCCCCACCCUCAGAGAACAGCAGUGCGGCCCACAGUAUUGGCAGCACACAAAGCACGCCCUGUUCAAGCAGCAGUACAGCAUAGCCCAGAGGCCAGGCAAAGGCCAUUGGACUGGAGCCCGACGGGGAGCACCCUACCCCCCUGCAGGGCUACAGGAAGGGCUACACGGGUCACAGGGAACUGGGUUUGUUGACACUUGUUUCCCCUCUGGAUGAAAGGAAUUAUUUUGGGUUGCUUUGUGAAAACAAAGAAGAAGGAUGAUUUACUAAAGAAGAAAAUAAGAAUAAAAGGAUUUUAAAAAAGGAUAAAAAAAAAGGAUUUACUAAAAGACAAUACGACCCGUUAAUGUCCCUGGUUAAUUCAAUUUAUUUCAACACAAGUCAUUAAGGCUGUGUGACAGAACUGCUGUACUACAAGGAUUGGUCUGAGAGCGAAACAGUACUAGGGUUGUUCCACCAAUUCAGUGCCUUUUGAGAAGUGUAACCUGGUCCAAAAAUAGUUGAUUUCACCUAAUUUUAACAUUCUGUCAUAAAGAGCACAUGUUCAACAUCAUAAAACAUACAUUUUCUAAUCUCAAGAGGUUAAAUUAAAAAAAUUACUAUAGUAAAUGCCAAAUAAAGUAACAGGAUUUGACGUACCAGGGUUGACAAUUUCAUCUUAAUCAGGCAAAAAUUCCCUUCCUUGACAGGGGGAAUGGAAGUUUGUUGUGUGCAACAGGGAGUGACAAUUGAAUGCAAAAUAUUUAAAUUGUCAAAACAUUUCUAGACUCUCUAUCUAUCGGUAACACGAUUGAAGUGUUAUGCUCGACCCGCUUAGUUUUCCACCACAAAACACCAAAAAUAUCCUAAAAGAGUAGAACCAGCUCACCUGCUUUUCACUUAUUUUACUUAUUGGAUGUUCAAUGUUUCUUUUGAAAAAAAUAUUUUAAAAGGAAUAGUUUUACCCCAUUACUACGAGAGUUGAGUUCACGUAACAGGGUUGACCAUAAAAUGAGGGACAGACGUACUGUACCAGUCAAAAGUUUGGACACACCUACUCAUUCAAGGGUUUUUCUUUAUUUUUUUACUAUUUUCUACAUUGUAGAAUAUUAGUGAAUACAUCAAAACUAUGAAAUAACACUCAUGGAAUCAUGCAGUAAUCAAAAAAGUGUUAAACAAAUAAAAAUGUAUUUUAUAUUUGAGAUUCUUCAAAGUAGCCACUCUUUACCUUGAUGGCGGUUUUGCAGUUUUUGGCAUUCUCUCAACCAGCUUCAAUUAACAGGUGUGCCUUGUUAAAAGUUCAUUUGUGGAAUUUCUUUCCUUCUUAAUGUGUUUGAGCCAAUCAGAUGUGUUGUGACAAGGUACAGAAGAUAGCCCUAUUUGGUAAAAGACCAAGUCCAUAUUAUGGCAAGAACAGUUCAGAAAAGCAAAGAGAAACAGCAGUCUAUCAUUACUUUAAGACAUAAAGGUCAGUCAAUGCAGAAAAUCUCAAGAACUUUGAAAGUUCCUUCAAUCGCAGUUGCAAAAACCAUCAAGCGCUAUGAUGAAACUGGCUCUCACGAGGACCACCACAGGAAAGGAAGACCCAGAGUUACCUCUGCUGCAGAGGAUUAGUUCAUUAGAGUUACCAGCCUCAGAAAUUUCAGCCCAAAUAAAUGCUUCACAGAGAUCAAGUAACAGACACAUCUCAACAUCAACUGUUCAGAGGAGACUGAGUGAAUUAGGCAUUCAUGGUCAAAUUGCUACAAAGAAACCACUACUAAAGGAUACCAAUAAUAAUAAGAUACUUUCUUGGGCCAAGAAACUCAAGCAAUGGACUGGUGGAAAUUGGGAUGAGUCCCAUUUUUUAAAUUUUUGGUCCCAAUCGCUGUGUCUUUGUGAGACGCAGAGUAGGUGAACGGAUGAUCUCCACUUGUGUAGUUCCCACCGUGAAGCAUGGAGGAGGAGGUGUGAUGGUGUGAGGGUGCUUUACUGGUGACACUGUCAGUGAUUUAUUUAGAAUUGAAGGCACACUUAACCAGCAUGACUACCACAGCAUUCUGCAGCGAUACUCCAUUCCAUCUGGUUUGCGCUUAGUGGGACUAUCAUUUGUUUUUCAACAGGACACUGACCCAACACACCUCCAGGCUGUGUGAGGGCUAAUUGACCAAGAAAGAGAUUGAUGGAGUGCUGCAUGAGAUGACCUGGCCUCCACAAUCAUACGACCUCAACCCAAUUGAGAUGGUUUGGGAUGAGUUGGACCAAAGUGUUUAACACUUUUUUGGUUACAACAUGAUUCCAUAUGUGUUAUUUCUGAGUUUUGAUGUCUUCACUAUUUUUCUACAAUGUAGAAAUUAGUAAAAAUAAAGAAAAACCAUUGAAUGAGUAGGUGUGUCCAAACUUUUGACUGGUACUGUAUAUGAAUCCUUAAUCACCUGAAAUAUAUAAUAAUCUAUAGAAAUGUGUUUAUCAAAGCAAUAAAAUAACUAGGGCUUUACAAUGAUGGUGAAAACUUAGAGAAAUGUUGGGGUUAAGUGGGUUAAAAUCUUCCUAGAAGUGACACAGAGUUGACGGAGGGACAUGUCAAAAUGCUAAUCUUUAUUUAUUUUAGUUGUUUUAUUCAAACUAAAAAGCUGAUUUAUUGAAUUCUGCAUGUGGUCUAUAUUAAAGGGCAGUGCAUUAAAUAUAACAGGCUUUUAAAAUUCUAUAUUGGUGUACAAUUUCUACUUAAAAUAUCAAAGGGACACAAAUGGCACUCAUUUCGUAGAACGACCCUCUAAUACCCAGAACGGCAACAAGGCCUCACAUCUAUAGAGCACUAGAACUCUAUCUACGGGCAAAAAAUAACUGUUAGUGAAAUACCAGCCUUUUUAUUUAUUUUUAUAUAAAUGCAGAUUUUUUUCGGCAACCACAUCAGAUAAUUUUCUUUGGACCUUAAAUGGCCUAGUUUAGGCUGUAAACAAGCUAGUGUACACCAAUAGCAAUGGGAGACAGUAAAGCUGCCUGUCUGCAAACAACAUCUGUGAGUGUUAGCAGGACUAGUGAAAUGAACAACAUGACUGUCAACAGAACUGCCUGUUACUUCCUAUCCACAUUAUAUGUACACUGAACAAAAAUAUGAACGCAACAUGCAACAAUUUCAAAGAUUUUACUGAGUUACAGUUCAUUUAAGGAAAUCAGUCGAUUGAAAUAAAUGCAUUAGGCAGUAGUAGUCUAUGGAUUUCACAUGACUGGGAAAACAGAUACCUUAAAAAAUAUAUCACAAAACCAGUCAGUAUCUGGUGAGACCACCAUUUGCAGUGCGACGCAUCUCCUCGCAUAGAGUUUAUCAGGCUGUUGAUUGUGGCCUGUGAAAUGUUGUCCCACUCCUGUGCUGUGCGAAGUUGCUGGAUAUGGGCAGGAACUGAAACACGCGGUCGUACAAGUUGAUCCAGAGCAUCCCAAACAUGUUCAGUGGGUGACAUGUCUGGUGAAUAUGCAGGUCAUGGAAGAACUGGGACAUUUUCAGCUUCCAGGAUUUUUUGUACAGAUCCUUGCGACGUGGGGCCGUGCAUCAUCAUGCUGCAACAUGAGGUGAUGGGGACGGAUAGAUCGCACGACAGUGGGCCUCAGAAUCUCAUCACGCAAUCUCUGUGCAUUCAAAUUGCCAUCGAUAAAAUGCAAUUGUGUUUGUUGUCCGUAACUUAUGCCUGCCCAUACCAUAACCUCACCACUACCAUGGAGCACUCUGUUCACAGCGUUGACGUCAGCAAACCGCUUGCCCACACGACGCCAUACAUGCUGUCUGCCAUCUGCUCGGUACAAUUGAAACCGGGAAUAAUCCGUGAAGAGCACAUGCCUCCAGCAUGCCAGUGGCCAUUGAAGGUGAGCAUUUGCCCACUGAUGUCAGUUACGACGCCGAAGUGCAGUCAGGUCAAGACCCUGGUGAGGAUGAUGAGCACGCAAAUGAGCUUACCUCAGACAGCUUCUGACAGUUUGUGCCAAAAUUCUUUGGUUGUGCAAAUCCACAGUUUCAUCAGCUGUCCGAGUGGCUGGUCUCAGACAAUCCCGCAGGUGAAGAAGUCUGAUGUGGAGGUCAUGGGUUGGCGUGGUUACAUGUGGUCUGCGGCUGUGAGGCCGGUUGGGCUUAUUGCCAAAUUCUCUAACGAGCUGGUUUAUGGUAGAGAAAUGAACAUUAAAUGAUCUGGCAACGGCUCUGGUGGACAUUCAUACAGUGAGCAUGCCAAUUGCACGCUCCCUUAAAACUUGACACAUCUGUGGCAUUGUGUUGUGUGAUAAAACUGCCCAUUUUAGAGUGGCCUUUUAUUGCCCCCAGCACAAGGUGCACCUAUGUAACGAUCAUGCUGUUUAAUCAGCUUCUUGAUAUACCACACCUGUCAGGUGGAUGGAUUAUCUUGGCAAAGGAGAAAUGCUCACUAACAGGUAAACAAUAUGCAAAAAAUUUUGAGAAAUAAACUUUUUGUGCGCAUGGACAUUUCUGGGAUCUUUUAUUUCAGUUCAUGAAACAUUGGACCUUCACUUUACAUGUUGCAUUUAUAUUUUUGUUCAGUAUAGAGAUGCUACCUCCUAUCCUCAUGCUAUUUACAGUAGAUAGGAGAUGGUCAAAUCAACCAGUUGAAUCGGAGAGCAAAACCAGACAGUAAAGCAUCCCAUCAUGUGCUAUUAAUCACUUGGAAUGUGAAGUGACUUAAUAACAAGCAGAGGUGUAAAUAGAUAGAUAGCUAGAUGCCAAGACAAAUGUGAAAGACAAAAGUAAUGUGAACAAUCACUUGGUGAUAACCCUGUUUGUAAGCCAGCUAGUUUUGCAUGCUAUCGGUUAUAGUAGGACUUUGGCAACUCAUCCGUCUAAACGUACUGUUGUUACAAAAUUGUUAAUUAAGUAUCAAUGGUGUUUUUGUUGAUAUUGAGUGAUGUAUGCUUUGUAAUAUUUUUGUAAUAAUUAGUCUCACGUUUGAUUGGUGUUACACAGCUUGGCAUUAGGCAUUAUGGGUUCUCUUGUACUAUAUACAAAUAGUAUUGUAAAGCUAUGUAUAUUUUUGUGAAUAUUGUAAAUAAUCUAAAAUGUUAUAAGGCGAAAGUCAAAAUAUAAUGUGCAAGGUUGGUGCUUUAGAAGCAUUCUAAAUAUCAUGUUGUUAAAUAAGACAUUGUUAAGUGGCUACGUUUGGCCAGUAUUCCCAAAUAUAUUAUAAUGUUUGUAUCCACUGUGAGGUAACUAAAAUGCUACAUGCUGCAGUGUUGGAUCAUAAAUAUACAGUAUUGUUAAAAGUGAACUUGGGGCACAGUAAUUGGGCAUUACAUUUAAAACACAAAACAAUGUGUCUUUCUAUCUGGGUCUGACACCACUAGAGCUUCAGCUGUUUGUAUUCUGAUUGUACAUAAUAAUAUUGUACACAAUUUCAUACCAAAAUGUGUAUCUUUUGUGAACCUGAUAAGGUUGAGAUUGUGUUAUGAAAAUAUAAGCCAAAAUAGUCAUUGGCUUAUUAUGGCUUAUUAUCAGUAGAUCUGACCCAAAUGAUGAAGUUUCAAAUGUAUUUUCUAUAUGUAAUAAAUAUAUCGCCAAUCUUACUCACCAGAGGUCUUGCAUCAAAAUGAAAUAGUUAAAGGCCCAGUGCAGUCAAAAACAUGAUUGUCCUGUGUUUUAUAUAUAUUUCCACACUAUGAGUUUGGAACAAUACUGUGAAAUUAUGAAAAUUAUGAUAAUGCCCUUUUAGUGUAAGAACUGUUUGAAAAGACCACCUGAAAUUUCAGCCUGUUUUGUUGGGAUGGAGUUUUGUCCUGCCUGGUGACAUCACCAGGCAGUAAAUGAGUUAAUAGACCAAAAAGAAAGAGUUCCAAACCUCUCAGCCAAUAACAGCUCGUUUUCAGUUUUCCCCUCUCAACUCAGACCACUUCCAGACAGUCAAAAUUAUUGUUAGAGAAAUUGCUCUUUGCUAAGAAGCUAUUUUUGUUUCUUUUUGGCCAUUUUACGUUAAGACAAUCACAGUAAGGUACUUAACUGUUACCCAGAAAUGAUUGGAUAUUGAGACAAAAGCAGCUGCAUUGGACCUUAAACAUUGCCAUAUACUGGCUCCAUCCUGGAAUCUUAAUGGUGUACUUGUUCUGACAAACAUUCUACUACGAUUAUUUGUGAUCUCAAGUAAAACAUUUAUUGUUUCUCUCUGUGUAUAUAGACAUAUGGGCACUUAGAUGUAUAUAAUGCAUGUUAGCAAUGAGUACAUUCAUUGUGAGGGACAAACAACUGUGUUGAGUUGUAUUGUGUUGCUUCAGUUGUAAUAUCAUGUGCCAUGCAAAGCUAAUGCAAAGCCAAAAGAGUCUCACCGUCAUAGAAUCCAUGAAUGUUCUUUGGUGUGUCUUUACUUUUUGUGUUUGGGGGGUUUGAAUAGAAGUACAUGUUUUUUUAAUAGGAGAAAGGGGAUGUUUUUUGGAAGGAAAAUAUGUUUGGAAGAGAAAUAGAAAACCCAAUACACUAGGCAAAUUGGCAUUAGACCCUACUUAUGUAUAAUGUAUUUUAAGUGUUGCUUGCUGCAGAUCCCGAUAGAGAAGGUAUGUUAUCUCAAAGCUUUGAGUCUUAGUUGUAUGUUAACAUGUAUAUAUGUCUCCACAGAGGUAAACAGAGUAUAAAUAUAUAGUUGUGUAUAAAAAAUAUAUAUAUUUUAAAGUAUUUACCUAGAGCCAAUCUAUUGUUGACUCUUUGAGUACUGUGAAUUUUUUGUUUUGUGUCCUUUCUAUUUUGUUUGUAAUUAUGCAUAUAUUACUUUAUGUAUUUCUGUUUCUAUAAAUGAUGUAAAAAUAUUAGCAAUUUUCUUCAUAUGUGAUGUUUUAAUUAAAGAAAAAUCUCUCACUUAG